AUGGGCGUAGCAGAUGUGCUUGAGCUGCUGAGCGAAGAACUUGAGCUGGAGGUAGUUGACGAGAUUGGAGUUAUGAUGGAUGAGCUGGAGGACAGACUGGUUGUGAGCGAGGACGAGAUGCUUGAAGAAGCGUCGGAAAUGCUCGCCGAGAAUGUUGAUGCCUCAACACUUGUCGAAUUUGAGAAGCGUGCCGAGGUUGUGGUUGACGGCGGUGAGGGCGAUAACGAGGGCGAUAACGAGGGCGAUAACGAGGGCGAUAAUGAGGCCGCUGGAGACGGCGAAGACAAUAUGGAUGACGAGAAUGAUGGAGAUAACGAAGGCGAUGACAAUGUUAGAGGAAUCGGUGAUGGAAAGAUUUGA